AAGGGGGCGCCGGGCGCGGGGCCGGGCCGGGCUCCCGGCCGUGCGGAGGCCGGUGGUCGGUGCCGGGGGGCGGGGGGCGGGCGGGGGCGUCCCAGCCGCGGCGCGACCAUGACUCUGGAGUCCAUGAUGGCCUGUUGCCUGAGCGACGAGGUGAAGGAGUCGAAGCGCAUCAACGCCGAGAUCGAGAAGCAGCUGCGGAGGGACAAGCGCGACGCCCGCCGGGAGCUGAAGCUGCUGCUGCUGGGCACCGGGGAGAGCGGAAAAAGCACGUUCAUUAAGCAAAUGCGUAUCAUUCAUGGCUCAGGCUACUCUGAAGAGGACAAAAAAGGCUUCACCAAGCUGGUGUACCAAAACAUCUUCACUGCCAUGCAGUCUAUGAUCAGGGCCAUGGAAACCCUGAAGAUUCUGUACAAAUACGAACAGAACAAGGCCAAUGCAGUGCUGAUCCGGGAAGUGGACGUAGAAAAGGUCAUGACAUUUGAGCAGCCAUAUGUAAGUGCAAUUAAAACAUUAUGGAACGACCCUGGGAUACAAGAGUGUUACGACAGAAGAAGAGAAUAUCAGCUUUCCGACUCAGCUAAAUACUAUCUUAGCGACGUGGAUCGUAUCGCUACCCCAGGAUAUCUACCAACUCAGCAAGAUGUGCUACGGGUUAGAGUUCCUACAACUGGUAUCAUAGAGUACCCCUUUGACCUAGAGAAUAUUAUCUUCAGAAUGGUUGACGUUGGAGGUCAAAGAUCAGAACGAAGGAAGUGGAUCCAUUGCUUUGAAAAUGUGACUUCCAUCAUGUUUUUAGUAGCACUUAGUGAAUAUGACCAAGUUCUGGUGGAAUCUGAUAAUGAGAACCGUAUGGAAGAGAGUAAAGCUCUCUUUCGAACCAUUAUCACUUAUCCGUGGUUCCAGAACUCUUCUGUUAUUCUCUUUCUCAACAAGAAGGAUCUGUUGGAAGACAAGAUCCUGUAUUCCCACCUUGUUGACUAUUUCCCGGAGUUUGAUGGCCCGCAGAGGGAUGCGCAGGCAGCCCGCGAGUUCAUUCUCAAGAUGUUUGUGGAUUUAAAUCCAGACAGCGAUAAAAUCAUCUAUUCCCACUUCACGUGUGCCACAGACACGGAAAACAUCCGCUUCGUCUUUGCGGCCGUCAAGGACACCAUCCUACAGCUCAACCUGAAGGAGUACAACCUGGUUUGACCCGCUCCGCUCGUGGCCCCUCGAGAGGCGUCGUUGUGAAGAAAAGACAAAACGAGAAAUUUUAAAUAUGACAGGAAAAAAAGUUUUAAUUUUUCGAUGAUGUAAUGAUUGCAAAUUGUCUGAUCUGUGGAGUGGCAAGUGCUCGGUGUUAUCCUGCAGUCUCAUGUCUCUGUCCACAGAGUAGUUGAUUUCAUAUUUUUAACAAAUUGCUUUUAUUUCACAGUUAACGGGGAUACGCCUCAUUUCUUCAGCACCUUGCUUACUUCUUAAUUUUUGCCGAACAGCUAAGGCAGCCUCAUCUUGAGCUUUCCUUUGUUGCUUAGCCACGUUUUUUCCCCCUUUUUCAUUCCCGUGGUAUCUAUAGAAAAGGAAAAAUACCUUUCCAGGCGAGAUGGUGAGUUCACUGGACUGUGGGAGUGCGGAUGCUACUGGUCCCUUCGCCAUAGGGUGCCUCUGGUGUAAUGUGCCGAACCUGCUUGCGUCCCCGGCCCGGCCCGCCCUUCCCCAGGACACGCUCCAUGGUUCACUGUGAUGAGAUGUUGGGCUGGAGCGAUCGCUCCAACCCCUGUGCAAAAAACAAGCGAAAAAGGAAAAAAAAAAAAAGGAAAAAAGGCAAAAGAAACAAAAAAAAGCCAUCACUUUUCCAUUCUUUAUAUGUUCUAGUUCCGAGUUAUUUUUUCUUAUCAAUUAUAAAAGGUAUGAAGACUGUGAUUUUUUUUUUUUUUUUUAAAUUAUUGAUGUUCUAUACAUAGUUUGCUACGUGUUGCUGUAUUUUGUUCAUGGACUACAAAUGAUGGAAGCUCUUGGAGCAAUAGCUGCUGAGCCUGGGGAAGUGCCUGACUGUAAUUGUCCUUUAUUAGAUUCUGGUUGUAUUUUCCACACACACACGCAUCCCCCCACACUACAAGCGCAUGCACGAGGCUCAGUUUGCAGAGGGAUGCCACGUUUUGUUGGUUAGAGCGUGUGACAGCGAGCGAGCGACCCUAUGCAGCAGAUCUCAAGAGCGCACGGGGUGGUUGUGCCGGUUAAACAUCAGACUUCGGAUGCAAAAUCUCAAGUCUCGUGCCACCCUCUUGCUCUUUUCUUGCGGCUCGUAGCAAACAAGCCUUGUUUAUUGCAUUUCGUGCCAGUGCGUCGAAUGACUUUGUAAGAAUUCCCCGGUCGCAUCCGGCUUGCAGACUUAGAAAGGACCAGAGCUGGUAGGUAGGAUUCUUAGGUGAAAAGAUUGAGGCUCUUGGAGGGAGCCGUGGUUCUCUCUCCCCUUUUACGCAUUCCCCCGAGGCACGUGCUGCUGUGUUUCUCUCGAGAGGAGCGCGGAUCCUCUCUGGAAGACUCGCAUGCAUCCUUGCUCCAGGUUGCCCGCGAUAAUCGGCUUCCAGGAGACCCAGAAGGCCCGGCCGCGCUUGCACUGGUGUAGCGGGAGAGCGGAGGAGCCAGGGUCGCUGGUGCAGUGGAAGGCAGAGCAGAAGCAGUUCUGGGUUCUAGGUGCCAAAUCAAACUCCACUAAGCAGGAGGACGCGAGGCCUUUGCACCUUAGGGAGCUUUUUCCAGGAGCCGAGGCGAGUGAACAAAUGUGCUAAAGAGCUGUUGCCGGCCUGGAGGACACCGGCAGCGGCAAAGCAGGAGUGACAGGACGCAGGGACAUCUGACCCGCCCAAACGAGUCGUUUAGCCGUCACUAAUGCUUCGGUUUCAAUUCCAAUGAGUAGCAUUGGGUCCAAAUUCUCUGGAUCGACCAGAUUGCCCCCGCCAAGGCGAGUAGCUAAAGACGAAACGCCCUGCGCUGGUGAAGGGGGCUGCUGAUAUUUUGUCUCUUUUGUAGACAGAGCACUACAUCAGUGUUUUGCACAACAUGUAAGAGUAAAUCUUAACUGUCUGAGAUGCUUAAGAUACUUCGAUCUAGAACACUAAAACACGGAGGGACGUGAUUUUGAGGAAUUCUGUCUCUAGGUCCCUCUUGUUUUCCAGACUAGCUGAGGGAAGCAAACUCUGCCGGGAGUGCUGAGGGAGCCCGAGGUGGAACAGUAGCCAUGGGACCAAGAGCCGAAGAGCCAGCCUGGCUGGGAGCUGCUGCUGAGGAUCACAGCAUCUCGUUAGACCAGCCGCGCUCUGGGUGCGUUGAGCACUUGGGAGGAGCGGGAGGGAUUCCCAUGUGUCAGACAGCUUUGCAUCAAUUUUACUGCUUGGGUCUUUUUUUUGUCUUUAUGCUAAAACGAUCCAUUUUGUAGAAACUGUCCUGUAAAGAAGAAUUUAUAAUCAUCUUUGUGUAUUCUCCGGGCUGUUCAUCUGGAGCAGAUGGCAGCACCAGCCUCUUCUGCUUCUGUGAUCCUCUUGUAAAUGGUUCACACCGCAACCGUUGCCAGCGACGAACCUGGCGCUGCGAUAUACAGGUUCUUGGAGAUAACUUCGCAGAAGUUGACUUUCCAAGGUGAAUGAUGGUGGUGAUUCCACUUGAAUCAGAAACAUUUCCUUCCUUUUGUAUCCCUCCCUUCUUUAAGAGCUGCUGCCCUGGCACCGGAGGAGGGAUCUUGGCAUCUUGCAGAGUGAAUGUGCAUCGUGGUGGGGAGCUGGGGGCGGCUCCGGGUGUGAGUGUUUAACUGCUCGGUGUAGCUGUUGGCCUGAAAACCAACCUGGCGUGAUGGUUGUUGGGAGAACGUUCUGCGACGGCUGUUUGGUGAGUUCUGGCGCCUCGUUCGGAGCGAGGGCAGGAACUUGUGCGCGUAACCCGGCGUGUCGGCCGUGAGGUCCCGUGUUAGCACACGCUUUUCUUAGCCAGCCCUGUGCCUCCCGCUUGGCCAGCAAAGCCGCUCCGUGUCUCCGUUGGCUGCUCCUUUGGCAAACGCCCGCCCUGGCAAAAGUGCCAAACCUUCAACCAAAUUUGCCUAUAGCAUCUUUUCUGGAAGCGAGGCCGCUCAGAACCUUCCGCGGGUCGAGACAACAGCUCGACCUUCCAAAAAGAGGCGGAAUUGGCUUCUUGUAGAGAAUCUUGACCCUGAGGAAGUGGUUUCUCGGCUUAACCUCCGCUCCUUGUGCACUUUCAAUCUUUGUUGUGCUGAAGAAACCAACGUCCUUCGAACCGGUUUGAAACUUGAAGGCGGUGAGGAGAGGCCCGGCCGUUUCUUCGCCCCGUUGGGCGCGAUCGGCCGCCCGGUGAGCGGCGCCGGAGCACCCGCCCUUCCCCGUUCCCUUCUCCCCUUCUCUUCUUGGGUCUCUUCUUGUUGCUUCCUAGCGAUGUCGGCCUUGCGUUCAACUUUGGGUUUUCUCCAUGUGUGUUUUAUUGUUUGCUUUUUUACUUUUGAAAAGUACUUCCGGAGUGUGCUGAGCAUUGUAUUGUACUGUACAGAGCCCGGGUUGUUAGAGUCCAGCAGAGGUCAAGUGUGUUAUGCAGCACCCAGUUUCCUAAGAGUAUGGUUUGUGCCAAUGCCCCUUCUUUAGUAGUGCCAGAGACUCUUUACAAGUGCCAAUGUGGUGGAAAUUAUUUGGUUAUACUUGUAUAUUAUAGGAUCCUGAUUUAAGACAAUUUAAACAUUAUCCUAUUUAAAAAGAUACUAUAUAAAACGCUGUUUUUAAACCUUGUCAUUUGCAAUGCAUGUAUUGUUGUGCGUGUUGGGGUGGGGGGAGGGACGAGGGGAGGGUCAAGGAGUUUCUGAAUACGAUGCCCAGUGUCAGGAUCUAUUCAGGCUCCAAACUGUCUCAUUCCAGUCCAGGAGUGCGAUUGUUUCUUGGAAUGAUCCCGCUCUGGCUGCUGGGCAACAACCCCUUAUUACAGAAAUAUCUGAUGGAAAUUGAUUUUCAUAUCUUUCUCCUGAAAUAAAUUCUCUGUUUGAAAUUGGAAUAAAUUUUGUUCCUAAAA